AUGUCUCUGGACGUUUACAAAGACCGUGACUACAUUUUCAACAGAAAUGCUCAAUCUAGUGUCCGCCUCAACUAUCAACACUACUUGAUUACCCAGCUCACCGAGAAUGAUGUCUUGCAUAAGUCAACUAAGGAGCUUAUUGAUGUCUCAACUCCUCACCGAGUCGCAGACGUCGGGACUGGCACAGCCAUAUGGCCACUGACCUUGGCUCGUGCCUUACCUCAUUGGCAGGUCGAUGGCUUCGAUAUCUCCGGAGACCAGUAUCCAUUUGCUGGUUGGGUACCAAGCAAUGUCAAUCUUUAUGAGCAUGACACUUUUCAGCCAUACCCGGACGAGUAUCACGGGAAGUACGACAUCAUCAACAUCCGAUUCAUGAUGACCCUGCUCAAUAAAGAGAAAUACCAUCUCCUUCUACAGAAUGUGAAAGCGUUACUCAAACCUGGCGGUAUCCUUCAGUGGCUUGAUCCCAUUCCCUUCAAUGUGAAAGCCAUCGCUCCCGAGGGAAUGGAUACACCUUUUACUUCUACAACUGCGGCGAUGUGGACCAAGACCCCACCCGACAGUGCCGAGUGGAUCACCUUGAAUGGCGAUAUGGUGAAGGCCGAUGGAUACGAACCUGUUGCCUGGGAGGAACUUCAUUUUGAGGAUUUCCAUCGUCCGAUUUGGAAUCAGUGUUCAUUUAUGUGCCUAGCAGAGAUCAUUGAGAAUUUGGCACAAAGCACGGACGAGGCUGUUGUUACUAAGCGUGAGGCUCUGAGGAAGCAAUUGAAAGGGUGGGCAGCGGAGUGUGAGCAGGGAGCUUCUUUGGAUACGCCGUGGUUUUUUAUUGUUGCGCGGAAGCCUCUUUAG